UGUGAGACACGCGGCAUCAAGACGCUGUGCAACCUUGGGAAGCUUCUGAAUAGACUUCAGAGGGACCACAGAGACGAUGUCUAUCGCUACACCUCAGGACACCUGAAUCCCAACAAGCUCUACCGGCCCCCUGAGACCAUCUUACGCCACUGGCCCAAUGCCAACAGGCCCAGGGGGGAGCGCGUCCCCAGGGUAGGAAGGCCCCCCGACAGGAAGGUGGCAGAGAUGAAGGCGGCCUUAGCCCACUUCACCAUCCACACGGCCCUGGUUCCCAGCGACUCCCAGGAUACGCCGCUGUUCAGGUACCUAAACCCGCAGGCCCCUCUGUCCCACGCUUCCAAAGAGGAUUUCCUCCCCGAGAAGGCUUCCGAAGGAGAGAAAGAGGAGGCCCGCGAGGCAUCUCCUGCUUCGCAGAGGCGGGAGGAGCUGAGGCUGCCGGAGGUGAAGGUGCUCAGAAGCAGAGGCCCUGUCUCCAGCCGCCAGUGCACCACGCGGCCCCCAGGCAGGGAUGAGUACCAGUAUAUCAGCUCCUACCUGACUGGAGUGACCAAGGCAGACAUGUACAAGAAGUUCUUGAGUUUCCAGAAGGAAGUGCUUGCCAAGCAAGAUCUCCUGAAGAACGACUUCACCGGCAGUGAGGCAGCCCGGGGCUACGAGAGGAAGCUGGAGCAGGAACUCCAGAAAAUAUGCACGUGUCACCCCCAGCAGCUCCACAGGCUGCAGGUGUUUGGAGACGUCUUUGAAGAUAUUUGCAACAGUUCUUUGAUAUUUGGUGAUCUCUUGAGAGAAGUUAAGGGUGGAUAUGAACUCUACAUGGCAAUACUGCUGGAGUCUCAGCCCACGGCACAGUACAAGGCUCUGCUCUCUCAAGUCAAGGGACUGGAGAAGAGACCUGUGAAAACAGCUGAAGUGGAUGGAGCCAGGGAGGAACUGAGGACGCUUGUGAAAGCCAUUAAAGCAGCCCUGGAGCGUAACGACAAACUCAGAAGUGAACUAGAGAUGGAGCGUGUGUUGCUGCAGUCUUCUAAGGAGCAAUCAGAAUUGUCUGAGAAAAAUGCAAUGGAUGAGAAGCAUCUUACUCUUAUUCAGAAGGUUGAAAAGAAGAGAUGUGAAAUACUUGACAAGUGGGAUGAAAUACAGGCUCUGGUAACAGAAAUUAAAACAACUUUGGUGCAUACUGGAAUUUCAGAUAUCACUGAGAAUAGGAUUAAAAGUGUAGAGGUUAUUCAAAAACAAGUGGGGAAUAUCUUGGAAAAGAGUAAGAUCAGCCAGAAGGAGCAGCAGUAA